AUGCGGCGCCGCGCGACGACUCUCGCGCUCGUCGCGGCGAUUUGGGCGUCCGCGCGCGGCGCGCGGGCGGUCCCCGCCGUCUGCACCGAGGCGCGCCUGGAGGGGUUGCCGACGCUGUGCGCGGUCGCCGCGCCCGACACCGUCCAAACCGGCCCGAACUCCGCCGCGGCGUGCUGCGACGAGCUGCGAGAGCUCAACGACGCGCGGUGCUUCUGCUCGGAGCCGUUCCUGGGGUUGGACGCGACGCGACAGGGCGCGCUCGUCCCGGCGCUGGCGACGGCGCCGCGGAGGUGCGGCGUCGACACGCGCGUGGGUCGCGCGUGCCGGUCCGUGGCGGGCGACGACGGCGCCGAGGCGGAGGCGGAGGCGCCGCGUCUCGGAGACGAGACGCGGGAGGACGGCGCCGCUGAGACGUGUCCGACGAGGACGCUGAUACGACUCGUCCAGGACGGAUGCGCGGGGGCGCUCACGGAGACGUGCUGCGACACCAUCGACGCCCUCAACGCGCGCUCGUGCUUCUGCGAGGACGACGUCGUGGACGUUCUCCGGUCGUUUCCCGCCAGUUUCCGGCGCAUGUUCGCCGAGACGAGCGCCGAGUGCGGCUUUGUCGUGCGGGGCGGGCGACGGUGCGAACCGUUCCCGGCGAAACCACCCACUCCCCCCGCGCCGUUCCCGCCGUUCCCGCCCUACCCGCCCUACCCACCGACCCCGCCGACCCCGCCGACCCCGCCGAGCGAGGCGGCGAUCAAAGGGUCCAACGAGGGUCCAACGAGGGCCCCCGAUCAAAGGGUCGACGUGGUGCGCGUGUGCGACCCGGGCGCGUACGUCUCGCUCCUCGACGUCCAGCGAUGCGACGUAACGCUCCUCGUAACGGCUCCCGCGUCCGACGAUGCGACCGCGCUCGACGCGUGUUGCGAGAGCAUCGGGUUACUCGACCAGGCGCUGUGCCUGUGCGACCCGAACAUCGCGUCGCUCAUCGCGCAGACGAGGUUCGCGUCGACGCCGAUGCUGAACUCGGUUUACGGGUCGUGCGGCUUUCGUAUAAGUACGCUGGACUCGAACGGAACGUGCGUUCGCGUGGGGUCACCGAUGUUUGGCCCGCCGCCGUUGCGAGGUAGGCCGCCGAGGCCGUCGAGGCCGCCGUCGCCGUCGCCGCCGGUCCCCGGGGCACCGCGCGGUCCUUCCGGGCCGCCCGGUCCGCCGGGGCGGACCGUCGUGCUCGCCGGCGCGGGGCGCGUCCCGGGAUCGGCGAAAGAUCCUCCGCUGUAUUUCGUGAGUAAGUGUCCGCCGUGGGUGCGAAGGUGCGGGUACCGCGAUUGGAAGGAUUGGGAGGAGGACGACGCGGUGUUCCCGACCAACCCAACCCGGCUGCCGCCAUCGCUGAUGAUGGACUACGAGGAAUACUUUGACGGGUGA